UUUUUUUAUUUAUUUAUUUAUCUCCUUUUCUUUUUUCUUUUUUUAAAUUUAUCAAAAAAAGUAUUACAAAUAUUAAAAUGAAUUAUCCAUACGGUGCAUAUCCAACAGGUGUUGUCACAACAACUCAAGUUUAUCCAGGUGUGGUCGAGGAGGUUAUUAUUCAGCCAGGUAUGGUCGCUCCGGGUAUGGUUGCUCCAAUACAACCAAUGGGCAUUGCCCCCGGUAUGAUGGCUCCAAUGCAACCAAUGGGCGUUGUACCAAUGCAACAAGUCUAUCCAACUUCUGUAUAUCCGGUUACUGGUUAUCCCGCUACAAACACAAUCAUUUAUGAACAAACCCAUGGCCACCAUCACCAUCACCACCACCACCAUGGUCAUUUCUUUUAAAUUAAAAAAUUUUCGAUUCCAUCAUUCAAAAUAUUAAAUAAAUUAAAAAAUUGUGAAAUAUUAUAACAACGUUGGGUUAUUUUAUUUUAUUUUUUUUGUUAUUUAAAU